GUGUCCCCCGGGGCUCCCCCCCCCCCGCGCUCGGCUCGCCCCUGGGCGCCGGCGACGAGCUGUUGCUUCCCCCCGCGCUGGCCACAAAGGGAGCGGGGCCCGGACCCGCCGCUCGUCAAUGUCAACGUCGGGCCACGUGACCACACCUCCCUGCCGCCGCCGGGGAGAGCUUUCCACGUCAGCUUACGUCUCCCCAUCUCUUACUUCACGGAUCUGCUUCAAAGAGGCAGCUGCGUUAGAGAAUCAUGUUAAGCUCAGCUAAUGCGGAGAAGCCGAGGUAGCCCUAAUGAUGGAUUUUGAUGAGCGUGUUCCUUGUUCCUCUAACAUGUAUUUGCCAAGUUGUACUUACUACGUCUCGGGUCCUGAUUUUUCCAGCCUCCCUUCUUUUUUGCCCCAGACCCCGUCUUCUCGCCCUAUGACAUACUCCUACUCCUCCAACCUACCCCAGGUCCAACCUGUGAGAGAAGUUACCUUCAGGGAAUAUGCCAUUGAUCCCUCCAGUAAAUGGCACCCCAGGAACAAUCUGCCCCACUGCUACUCCGCAGAGGAGAUCAUGCACAGAGACUGCCUGCCUGCCACCAACACUGCUAGCAUGGGCGAGAUGUUCGGCAAAAACACAGCUAACGUCUACCACCCCAGCAGCAACGUCUCCUCCAAUUUCUAUAGCACGGUGGGCAGGAACGGGGUCCUGCCCCAGGCUUUCGACCAGUUUUUCGAGACGGCUUAUGGCACGGCGGAAAACCUGGCCUCGGCGGACUACUCGGUAGACAAGAGUGGCGAGAAGGCGCCCGCGGCCGCCGGGGCGGCGGCGGCAACUUCAAGUUCGGAGGGCGGCUGCGGCAGGGCGGCGGCGGCGGCGAAGGAGAGGCAGAGGCGGCCGGAGAGCAGCAGCAGCCCGGAGUCAUCUUCCGGCAACAAUGAGGAGAAAUCCGGCAGCUCCAGUGGACAACGUACCCGUAAAAAGAGAUGCCCAUACACCAAAUAUCAGAUUAGGGAGUUAGAAAGGGAAUUCUUCUUCAGUGUCUACAUAAACAAAGAGAAACGCCUCCAGCUCUCCCGAAUGCUCAAUCUGACCGACCGCCAAGUGAAAAUAUGGUUUCAAAAUAGAAGAAUGAAAGAAAAAAAAAUUAACAGGGACCGAUUACAAUAUUACUCAGCUAAUCCACUACUUUAAAACUCAUAGCAUUUUUCAAGACGAGAUUAAAUUCAGAUUUCGCCCUUGACAAGGUCAAGCCACGGGGUUACAUGGAGGGAGGAGGUGUGUAUCUGACGGGACUAGAAGAAUCCAAGGUUUUACAUACAUGUAAAUCUACUCUGGAACUUCAAUGGUGAUUUUACAUAUAUCGAUAUAUUUACAUAUCAACUGGAAUCAAUUUGAUUUUGACACAAAUGGCACCCAUUUUGGAGCGGGCACGUCACCUCUGGGGGCAAAAUCCAUACCUCUUACCUUUCCAGGCACUGCUACUCACCCUGCUACCGCUUUCAGGGGACACAGACCGGGGGACGGCAUCCUUCUGUCCCCGGACUCGCCCAUUCCCUGCCUUCCUUCUCCCCUGGGCGGCUGCGGACCAGGGUCUGGAGAUUGCCAGGUCGAGCUCACUCACCUAGGACCACUGCAAAUACAAACUCUGAGAAAAAACCUUUUGUUCUUCCUUAGCAGAAAAUAUGUCUAAGUUAGAGGCAGUGCUCUACUGCCCGUGUGUUUGAAAGGAGAAUUUGAGGGGACGCACACCCAACACAGAGAGAAUUAAAGGGAGGGGGGGAUGACAUGCCUACACCUUCCCAAGCCAACCGCUAGCAGUUGUAAUGUGGAUGUAGUGAUGGUUCUAAUAAUGUUUCCUUUGGGGGUGUGGGGAGGAAAGGGCUAGGGGAAAGAAAGAGAACUAAAUGAAAGACUUAAUUAUUUACUGAAAAAAAAAAUCAGGUAUAAAUUCGCCAUAUAUCGUAAAGAAACAAUCACUGAAAGAAGAAAUUAGCAGAUUUUUAGCUCUUGUAUUAUUUAUGACAACUGACUAUGCGUUGCCAUCUUUUAGGAGACAAAUCAUAUUUAAAUACUAAAAAUAAAAAGGGGGGAGGGGAGAGAAGUGUGAAUUUAAGUGUUUUAAAAGAAACAACUCCAUAAAGGAAACUAACCUUCUGGCUUCUGGCUCACAAACUUUCUUCAGGAAAUACCUGUGGAGAACGACAGUUUAGCAAACACCACACAACACUAAUUGAAACUUGGAGUUGUGCAAUGCACUAACAUUGGAUCAUUAAAAUAACCCCAUCGCAUGUUCUUUUGAAAGUGACUAGUGAAGAGUUUAAACAGAAACCAAACAAUGUAAAUAUGGUAAUUUUGUUGUUGUCUACUUUAAAUGUCAAGAGCUCUACUUUGUAGCCCAGUCGACAUAUGCAAAGAAUUGAGAGAUGUUCGGACUUAUUUUAAGUAUAUAUAAAUAUAUAUAUUUCCCUGCAGGAACCAAAGCGUAAAAGAAAUAAAAAAAAAAGGAA